UGAACCAUCUUCAUGAAUAAAGUUGAGAAUGUAAUGGUAUUACACCGUCUCUGUGUCUGCCUGAUCAAUCUCCAGAGAUCUCAAGCUGCUGCUGCCACACAUCACAGGAGCUGAAGCGCCGUUAUCAGCUGAUGACUGAUUGAGGCUUUCGAUAGUCUACCUAAAAAUUAAUCUAACAGUAGCCUUUUCUGUGAACGUGAGUGAAUAUCAUCAGGCCAAACAUUCAAGGACAGAAAGAAUGGAACAUCUACACACCUUUCUCAUUUUGCUCUUCCUCUUCUGUUCACCGUGGCUGAGUGCUGGAACAACCUUCUUGACCCAUCAUGGAACGCAGUGUGAAGAAGACUGCAAGCCGGACGGUGGUGAGUACAAGUGCAAGACUAUUGAUGAAGAUGGACGGAGCCAAACUUUGUACUGUUCACCUCAGGAGAACAUGGACUACAUGGGCAGGCAGUGCAGAGCUGACAGUGCGUGUGGAAAGCAUGGAGAAGACUUCUACUGGUGCAGAAUUAAUGACUUUACUUGGGGAUACUGUGGGCUGGUGAAGGACAACGAGAAGAUCACUGAAACUGGAGAAGUCACUCACAUCAUCCCUCGACAUCGCAACAAGAGACAGGUGCCGUUUGCCUCUGUGCGUGACCAGAAUAAUCGUGUAACAAACUUUUUUGAGGAGCCAGCUAACAUCUUAAACGGCAGACAGUGGAGAGACGAUGCGUUAGGCUUAAUCAAUCAAUGGAACAAUGGAUACUUGAGGACUCGGGCAACAUCUAAUCUGAUCAGAUCUGAUGAUCUACGUAUUGACUUGCAGGGCUCCUUCCCACGCAACAAUCGAAGGUACUACAACCUGCAGAUCCAGAGAAAUAGGAGACGGUCACCUCGUGAAAGCACCACUAUUUCUCAGAUCAUUGUGGCUGAUGGAGUUUCGGAAGACAACAUCCGCAGAGCCUUCCGGGAGAGCUUAGAUCGCCAAGCUCGGGUUCGUGUUGAAGUUAGUUAGGGUUGCAAAAUCGUUAGAGCUAUUCAUAACAAGACAACAGGAAUUUAAAUAAUAAUGAUCACACUUUCUCAACAAGUAAUCUUAUAUAUUACAGUAGUAUAUUACUGUACAUUACAACUAUUGUUUAAACUGAAUCUCUUGCCAUUCUGUUUUGCUUUGCUUCUUCUUUUACUGUUCUCUCAAUAAAUGACUGAUUUCAUGCAAA